AAAUUAUCAACUAUUAAUAUUAUUCAGAAUAUACUCUUAGGGAAUCAUGUUGAGAAAUUGCAACAAUUUGUGUGCUCCUCCUCAACCACCGUGCUGUCUACCGGCAUGUUCAAUCCCAUGCCCUGUAAUUUGUUGCACUCCACCUGUGAGCUAUCCCUGCAUGCCUUACGUGCCCCGUGUCCAAUGUAAGAUAGCUUGUCGGCCUCCUACACCGAAACCCACUAAAACGGUGGUUUAUCUGCCACCUUGUCCAAGCUGCCCCAUGUCCAAUCCACCGAAAUUAGAAGUGACAUAUUUGCCGCCCUCACCACCCCCUCCGCCAUCUUGCUUUUACGUUUGCAAAACGGAUUGCGUCCCCUGCAUUCCACCUUGCCCAAAGCCAACAGCCAUGCGCCCUUCAUCUUGCAGAAUGCUUUGCCCACCUUGUCCCCCUUGUUAGAACACAGUGUUCUAAUUGGCAAGUCACUGAUAAUUAUGCAACUGUAUGCAAAGGUGCGUCAUGAGUCUACGGAAACGCAAAAAUACG